UUACGUGUUAUUUGUUCAUUCUUGUGCUGUGCCCGGUAUCCUCUUGGUAUGAAUCCCAAUGAAGAAAAGAAGAGAAGUUUCAUAUGGACUUUUUUUGAAAAAUCAACUGCGUGCUCUGCAGUUUGCAAAGCAUGCAACUCGACUCUGAAAACACCCUCCAGCACAACGAGCCCGCUUGUCAAUCAUUUGAAAAGCAAGCAUCACGCGCUCUACUUGCGGUUUCUUGAGUCGUCCGUGAAGCAGAAGAAACGUAAAGAUGAAGAUCGAAGCCAGCCAACCUUGCUGGCUUUGAACAAGCAGAAGGGUCAGCUCUCAGAAAGUGUGAGAAAGCAAACCACUAUGUUCAUCGCGCGGAUGAUCGCGCUGGAUUUUCAGCCGUAUGACAUCGUCGAGAACAAGGGAUUUCAAGAGCUAAUCCACCAUCUCCAGCCGCAGUACAACAUCCCUCACAGGACUACGUUUUCCAGGACGAUAGUCCCUGAGCUGUACAAGAGUACAGUGGACACGCUCAAGGCGGAAAUGUCCGCGGACCUUGGAACAGGGUUGGAGUCGAUCACGUUCACUGCAGACAUGUGGACCUCAAGGGCCAAUCAAGGGUACAUCUCCCUGACAUGUCAUUACAUGACACAAGGUUUUGCUAUGAAGGCCUUCACAUUGGCAUGCACACAUAUGCCAGAAAGCCACACUGCAGUCAACAUUCAGAGCUGCCUAACUGCAAUCGUCCAGGAGUGGGCUCCUAACCUCAACAGUGUGCCUGUGUACGUGGUCACAGACAAUGGCCGCAACAUCCGAGCCGCAGUCCGCCAGAUGGAGUGGACACCUCUUCAGUGCAUGGGGCACACAUUUCAGCUGGCAAUUAAAGAUGCCAAAGAUGAAACUCCUGCUGUGUCUCUGCUCUGCAAAAAGGCACGAGCCAUAGUGGGACACUACAAGCACAGUGCCCAGGCAACACAACGGCUCAAGGACUGCCAGAGGCGCAUGGAGCUGCCUAGCACAAGCCUCAUUCAAGACGUCGACACUCGAUGGAACAGCGAGCAUGCAAUGUUGAGUCGUCUGGUGCAGCUCAAAGAUGCCGUGUCACUUGAAAUGGCAACAUCAGAAACGAGCGUCACCUGUCUCUCAGGAAGUGAGUGGAAUGCUGCAGAAAGCCUGGUCCAGAUCCUGAAGCCUAUUGCAGAUGCGACCAUUGAUCUGGGCGGCCAAAAGUAUGGAACCCUUUCAUCUGCCAUACCAUUUCUUUAUGGGGCAGAGCAAAUCUUGAAGAGGUACUCUGCCAUCGAGAGCGAAGUCGUAGCUUUUGCAAAGAACUUGCUUAAGAGCCUGAAAUCUCGGUUUCCUGUCUACAUGGAACAGAAGGAACUGGUGCUGGCCACUCUGUGUGACCCAAGAUUUAAGGCCAUUUUCUUCUCCACGUCGUACGACCAUACACGGGCUGUUGAGCUGCUGGCGGCGGAGAUUGCUGAUCGAAGUCGUCGCAUCGACUCUUCCCAGCAGUCCAGCAGGCAGGAACUUUACUGCCAGCCAUCGACCAGCUCCAAGGACAUCCCAGUGACAGUCUGGGAGACGGUUGAACUGUUGGCUUCACAAAAGAGCCAAUGCAAUAAUGCCAGACCCUACAGCCAGGAGGUUGAGAAGUACUUCAAUGAACCACUGCUCCCCAGGAAAGAUGACCCCUUAACCUACUGGAAAGAACACGGAGCUGCGCUGUAUCCUGGCAUUGCAAAAAUUGCUUUGAGGUACCUCCCUAUCCCAGCUACAGAGGUGCCCAGCGAGCGCAUGUUCUCCACAGCGGGCAACACAGUGACAACGCGCAGAGAAAACCUGAAGCCUGCACACGUGGAGCAGCUUGUGUUCCUGCAUGACAACUUGUAGUUCACAAGAAGCUGUGUCCCGCUAACUGCAGGCUACCUACCUAAGCAAUGUUUUUGUGUAUUUAGAAUAAAAGUUGAUAUUUGACCACUAUUCGAUUCAAAUUCGAUUUACAAGUUUGAAUAUUCGGUAUUCGAUUCGAAAUUCGAAUUUUUGGCCACUA